AUGCCUAAAUUUUCUGCAAAGUUAGUAGACGAUCCUUCAAUAGAAAAAUCAUCGAGUGCAAUACGAUUAAUGUGCUUAUCUGAUACACACGGAGUUCAUAACAAUAUUAAUAAAAAUACAAUAUUCCCUGCCGAUAUACUCCUUUUUGCAGGAGAUAUGACCCUCUUUGGAAACCCAGAGCAUGCAGAAUCAUUUAAAAAUUUCAUAACCUCCCUUCCUGUUCAACAUAAAGUUAUAAUUUCAGGAAAUUUAGACUUACCUUUUGAUUUAAAAAAUUAUAGUCACUUUACUGAAUGGUUUAGCAAAUUUUCAUAUAAAAAUGGCCCCGAAUCCAUAAAAACAACUUUUACAGAGGAUCAAGAUAUAAUUUAUCUUGAGCACCAAGCAGUUACGAUCGAAAACGUUAAAAUUUUCGGAUCUCCAUUUACACCAGCAUUUGGAGAUUUUGGAUUCCCAACUACAAAAGAUACGGCUUCGAAAUUAUGGGAGCAAGUACCAGAGGAUACAGAUGUUAUCCUUUGCCAUGGACCACCACAUAAUAUAUGCGAUAUGACAUCAACAGGCUUUCAUGCAGGCUGCCCUGAACUUCGAAAAUCUGUUGAGCGUGUUAAACCUGCAGCUGUUGUCUUUGGACAUAUUCAUGAAGCCCACGGUAAUACAAUGAUCGGUAACACCCUUUGCUGCAAUGUUGCAAUUGUUAACUCAAAUCGCGACGUGGCUUAUGGUCCUACGUAUAUUGAUUUGAUCCAAUUAUAA